AUGGCGCCGGGAAAACGCUCAGAGGAAGUCUGGCUGUGGUAUACCGCCGUAUACGAGGCAGUUCAAGAGAUACCUUACGGUAGAAUUACUAGCUAUGGUCACAUCGCGAAACUAGUUGGAAAGCCUGAGUGUCCAAGACAAGUCGGUGUCUGCCUAAAACACUUGCCUUCGGCUUCAACCGACAGUAACAAGAAAGAUUCCACAUUUCAUAGUGGCAACGUGCCAUGGCAGCGCGUGGUCAACGCGAAGGGUGGCAUCAGCCCGAGAGGACCGGGCGCUGCAAGUCAGCAAGCUGAUGCUCUGAGAAGAGAAGGAGUCGAAGUUCGAGAGGACGCCAUGCGCCAGUAUACCGUAGCUCUGGCCGACUACGGCUGGUUUCCUGAUGUCCUCCCUAGCGAAGCUGCUUUGGUGGAAAGCAGUGACGAAGAAGAAGAAGAGGUUGCACUUCAUACCUGA